GAAGCAUUAGCAGACCAGAGUGAGAGAAAGAAGACACGAUGGCAGAGAACAAGAUGGGGCAAAACAUUGGCGCUGGGGCUGGAAUCUUUGCCAAACGGGUACAAAAGUCAUUGAAUCGUGCUCAGGAAAAGGUCAUGCAGAAGCUGGGGAAGAACAUGGAGACUAAAGAUGAACAGUUUGAGCAGUACUCCCAGAACCUUCUCAAACAACAGAAUGAUGGGGGAAGACUAUUCAAAGAAGUCCAAGCGUACUUCCGUGCAGUGAAAGUGAUGCAUGAGACAUCCAAGCGACUGUCCCAGACGUUAAGAGACGUCUACGAACCUGACUGGCAGGGAGGAGAGGACCUAUCUGUCAUCAUGGAGAGUGAGGACUUGCUGUGGAACGAUUACGAAGAGAAACUAACAGACCAAAUAGUCCGCACCAUGGAGAAUUACACUGGCCAGUUUCAUGAAGUCAAGGAACGACUGGCCAAACGCGGUCGGAAGCUAGUAGACUACGAUUCCUCACGCCACCACUUGGAGGCGUUGCAGAAUGCCAAGAAGAAAGACGAUGCCAGAAUCACAAAGGCAGAGGAGGAGUUCAACAUAGCCCAGAGUGUGUUUGAGGAAAUCAACAAAGAGAUGAGGGAGGAGCUUCCUGUUCUCUAUCAAAGCCGGAUUGGCUGUUACGUGACCGUCUUUCAAAACAUUUCCAACCUGAGGGAUGUCUUCUAUAAGGAAAUGAGCGUGCUGAACCAUGAGCUUUACAGUGUGAUGAAGAAGCUGGAGACUCAGCAUUCAGGAAAAGCUUUCAUCAUCAAGGGCCUCAACAGCACCAAGGCCAAGAAGAGGAAAUCCCUGGUCAUUUCAGCGCCCAUCCCCUGUAACACAGCCUUCCCCUCAGACCACACAUCCCUCCACACAUCCGCAGCCCCCGAAAACAGCAAAGAGACCGUCCUGUCCAGCCACGAGACCCACACCCAUAGCAGCUCUGAGGAGCAAGCUUCCCUCGCAGGAGAGGCAGAUGAGGGCGCUCACAGCGUCCUCACGUCAGAAAUGUCCGACUUCUCAGAUGAGCUGAGCUCCAACGGCGUUGCUACGCCCAACAGACGGUCGGCGUGUGACAGCGACAACGGGGUCGGGAGUGACGUCGCGUCAGAGGGUCUGAGUGAUGCCCCAGAGGGCGGGGCUUCAGAGGAGCAGGGCCCUAGCCAAUCUGUCGUAAAAGGGCAAGUUCAAAGGUCAGAGGUGACUGGGUGUGAAGUCACAAUCAGUCAGGAGGCUCUUCCAAAGUCCAUAGAGAGUGACGUCCCACAUGACACUGAGCAGGAGAGUGCGCCUGAUUCUCCAGAGAAUGGUAAAGCCAAGGCCCUACCUCGUCCUGCUCCACGCUGCUCCUUCCCCCCUUCUGAUGCAAAGAGCACUGGAAAAGACUCAGACUCCCAGAAUCCACCUGGUUUCCUUAUCAAGGGAGUGGCGCUGGAGGGUCAAGCUUCAGAAGACGGGACGCUGCAGUUUGAUGUGGAAGACACGAUUCUCAUGUUCGCCGACACAGAGGAGAAGCAGGAAAGCAUGGCGAAGGGGGUGAGGGAGAAGACCUGUAUCCAGCAGGGAGAUUUAUCAGAAUCAGAAUGAGUCAAUUGUGGCCUCUCGUUUCCCGUCUUCCCCUCAAGAUGUCAUGACUCAGCACAGCAGCACACAAAGUGCUUUUUACUCACUUGCUUCCAUGUCGCAACUUGUUGGUAGAUACCGAUGAGUUUCAUACCUACUGAGAGAUUUUUGCAGAAUGUUCUGGAUUGUUGACACAUGAUUGUCCAAUCUACAGUAUUUUGCCAUAGUUAUUUUGUUUUAUUAUUUAUUAAUUUUUGAUCAGCUUUAAUA